GAUAAAUCUAGUGGAAUCAUUUAAAGUAGACAUUAUUUUACUAAUAUAUUCGUCUCUGUUAAGAACGACUACACCGGAACCCUUAUCUGGACGAAGUAGCAUUAUUGUUUCAUCUUUCACAAGUUUUUUUAAAGCUAGUUGGUGAUCUUUAGUCAACACUUUCGAUUGUGGGGUUGGUGUCGUUAUGUACUGGUUUGUAAUGUCAACUAGUUUCGAUUUCAACCAACUAUGUUUUUCAUCGUUCAUGGGUUUCAGUUCUGACAACUGUUGAUAUAAAUACUCAAACUGGGUUUCAGUGUCUAUUCUGUUGCAUUUUUUCGGAAUGUGAAAUUUAAAUCCAAGGGAGAGUGAUUCAGUUUCAAUUCGAGUUAGUUUUUUACUGGAUAAAUUGUGUACGUAUUUUUCUGGAUUCGUAGAAAAGGCGUUAUGUUUUUGUUCUUUCAUAAGGGUUUUGGUUAAUGUCUUUAGGAAUUUAUGACUGGUUUUGGGCUGAACAUCGUGAAUGAAAUUCAUGAGUUUGAUUCUGCAUACAAUGUUUAGAUCCAUAAUAAUUUUGUCAUAACCGAGUGAUUCUGUUUUAAGUUUUGAGAUAAGUUCCUUGGUACAUUCAAUUUGAGAUUUUGUGACGCGUCGAAGAUUUUUUAAGGAAGGAGGUAUUUUGCAAGCACGGACAGCUUUAAUAAUAUGACGAGGAAAGCAGCCAUCAUUCAAGCAACGUAACAGAAACUUUAAUCUUGUUGUUUCUCUCGAUAUCCUCUUUAAUUUUAAUUUAGCUGAAAGAAGUUCAAUCUUUACCAAUGAUUCGGAACUGGCUGCACAUAGUAGUCAGUCCACGUUGAAUAGUACCAGAAGUUCUCACCAUUCUAGUACUCAUUACAGCAGUUCAUUUCAUAUUCCUUAUCGAAAUUCCAAGUUAACAUGGCUGUUAAGAGAUUCUUUGGGCGGAAAUUCACAUACCACAAUGAUAGCAACUAUAUCACCCUCUUACAAACAUUACAACGAAACGUUGAAUACUCUACGCUAUGCUCAACAAGCCAAGUUGAUCAAAAAUGCACCCAAAGUGAAUGAGGAUUCAUGCACAACUUAUAUAAAACAACUGUUGAACGAAAUUUCGACACUGAAACAAAGGCUUUAUGAAAAAGAUUAUUGUACAGUUGGAAGAUAUUUAGAUCAUACUAAAAGUUUAUACAAACACAAAUCACUCCUCCGAAAAUCCAGUUCAGAAAGUUCAAUGCAAAAUCAAGCCUUUUCAAACAAUUUGAACGAGUCCUCAGAUUUCAAAGAACUUCCUUUACAAUGCAAAUCUGCAAAAUACCAAGAAAAUAACAUUGAUAUUCUAACUACAUCAUAUGGAAAGUAUGUACAGCCAUUCAAAACUCAAAAUUCUGAUGACAAAAUGAUAUAUUCUCAGAAAUUUAAUGGUCACGACCACCAGCAUUCCGACCAACAACAACACACCUGUCAACAGCUUUAUGAUAGUCUAUCAUCAUUGACUGUGGAUCAAAGUACACAAACUAUACAAGUGGAAGAAUAUGAAAAAACUUGCUUUGAUUAUCUACAUAGAGUAGAAUUAUUGAAUUUCUUCUGUAAUCGUAUGAAUAGAUUUCCAUCCAAGGAAACAAUGGAACAACACGAUAGGUGUGCAGCCACAAUUCAUUUGACUAACCUGCCAGAAAGUCUUUUGAAUUCCGGCAUAGUUAGUAACACGUCAGCUAAUUUGCAUAUAUCUAACUAUCCUAAUCUGUUGGAUAGAGAUUCAGUUUAUCAUAAAUCAACUGCGAAUUAUCAGGAUGGUCAAAACAGAUCCAAUGAGAAUGAUGAAACUGAUGAAAUGCUUCUUAAAGCUAGAUCAAUGUCCUCUGGUGAUACUGGUUCUGAAAAUUAUGAGGAGAAAGAAGAUACAAGAGAUCAUUUCAAUUUUGAUCUAAGUAAGGAACCAAGCAAGAUUUUCGCACUGAAGCAAGAUUUUUCUGAAGGUAAAAAAGCAAUACAGAAGUUUCAGUCUCUGAGUGUUCCAACAUCAACACCUAAACAAAUUUCUAAAAUCAAUGAACUACGAAUGAGAAGAAAGCUAUUUCUAAGCAAAUUAAGGAAUGUUAGUUAUUCUUGGAGAAUGUCUGCCAAGAAAAGAUCAAAAUUCACAGACAAAUUCAGCAAAUGGAUGAACUUUGACAGUAAUCCUAAGCAAAGAAUAAAAAAUACAGUGUCAAAAACGUUCGAAGGUAAAAAUGCUACUUCAAUGUUUCCAUGUAAUCAAUAUCACCUUACAAAGAUAAGUAAAUGUACCAACCUGAAUUCAUCCAUCAAAAGUAGUGAAUUGACUGCUUCCCUACUUUCGUCUACAGAUUUACGACUUACCCAUAGUCCAGAACUUACUAAAGGUCAGAAUGAAUAUGAUGUAAAAAAUGUGGAACAUAAAUCUCACAUAAAACUUGAUCCAAGUUCAUUAACAACUCCAAACUUAGCUACCACAGCAUGUUUUUCGUCUCCGUCUUCUGAUAAGACUACUAUAUCUGAUUUACAGGACAACAGUGCAACAUCAGAACAGGUUGUUACAUUCAAUAAAAGCCAUAUAAAUAUACAACCAGCCCAAAACAGAAAAACAUACGAGUUCAAUGACAGCACAGAUAUAUCCUUGAAUUUGAAUGACAGUUUAGAAGAAUUUGAUGGUAGUGACACAAGUUUCGACUUAACAACUAGUAUCGAAGUAAAUAAAAAUGACGGAUUUUAUUCUGUUCAACCAAGCGAUAUUCAACGCACCUUCAACACAUCUCUUUCUUCUCCUUCAUCCAUACGCACGGAAGAUCUUUCUCUUGAAGAAGAAGCCCAUGACUUGAAGAGUAAAAAUGAACAUUUUCAUGGAAAAAUGAUCAUUGGGACGAGCUCCUUGACAAGAAAGGAGAAAUAUGAAGACCUACUUACGAAUAUAGUAGAUAAAUCACAAGCUUCUGAAGAAGAAUGUCCCUGUACCAACAACAGCGACUACAACCAAUUAGUCGACAAAGAAUUUUCCACAACUGUUCAUUUUAAAGCUAAUUUAUUAAACAAGAAUAAACGGAGAGAAAGCCAUUUAUCUAACGGUUACUUAUCACCUUCAACUGGUGAUAAUGAAGGCUACACAAAAAGUAGUGACGAUAAUUCGAAAAUAAAACAAUAUUCUAUACUAAAGAAACAUUCCAAAUAUUCUACUAAUGUUAACUCGCAUUUACUCACCCUUCAGCAAUUAACAACUUCAAGUUGUUUAACUGCUGAAAACGUUCAAUUAGUUAUGCCACGCAUAACUGAAUUACUCCAAUCAGACGUGUUACGAUCGAACAUUGAGUUAUUUGGAAGAUUCAAGACCAUACAUUCACGUAUGCAAGAGGUGAUUUCUUCUAACAACUCAAAUUCCAUGCUACUUCUAAGUCUCAAUGAUCGUCAAACUAUUUAUGAUGGUCUACUAGCCAUCAGUUUAGUUGACAAAGAAACACCUCAAACACCAGUACUACAUAUGUGGUCGGAUUCGAAAUUGACUAAAACAUUGAACACGCUUCAGUAUGCACGCGAUAAUUUAUUUUCAUCAGUUCAUAAACAUCAUACCGUUAUUGACGAUAACAAUUAUAAUAGUAGUGAUAUUAUAAUUAACCCUCAAGAAUUCGAUCAAAUCAAAACAACAUUAUUGGAGAUAACUAAAAUAAUUAAAACAAAUGAAAAAACAUCAUUUUUCCAGGAUAAGCAAUACCUGUCUGAUAGCAUUGAAGAAGUUAUUAAUUCCUUAGAAAAGAUAGAUCCCAAUAUUUCGUAUAAACGAAAUUCUCAAGUAAAUUCAGAAAUUGUUCAACAUUUGGAGAACAUGAUUAGCUUAAAUUAUGGAUUAAUUAUUACUCAUGGCAUAGAAGCUAUAAAACAAAAUGUUGAAAGAGAAUUUCCAAACAAUCGAUGCGCGUUAAAAAGGCAAACUGCUAUUGAUAUUGUAACUGCUUUACAGCUUUUUGAAAAUGAAUAUGAUAAUUCUGUUACAGCUUCCAUGACUAGUGAUAAUAAAAUUCAAAAUAUACCCAACAUUGACCACUUAAAGUACAUUCAUAAAUCCAUUAAAAAACAACUAUCAACAAGUGAAACAGAUUGUUUUGUAGAUAAAAAUAUUAUCUGUCAAUCCAGUGAUAUACGUUUAGUUGAAGAAGUUUUAACAAAUCAUUUCAAUAAAAUUAAUCAUUGCUUAAAAAUAUCCUUACAGAAAGAACCAAUCAACCUUGUAAACACAGGUCCUAAAAUUCCUCAAACAACUCAUGGAAACAUAGUAACAAGAUACCAAAAUGUUCUCACUCCAAUCAGUGAAUAUUGUACUUCACAAACGAGUCCAUAUGAAAUAGAUUCAAUUUCUAAUGAAUCCAUUGUUAAACAUAACUUGGUUUCUAAAAAGCAACAACUAAACAAUAUUUUAAAUCAGAUGAAUCAAACUAUAAUUGUUCGCUCAAAUGAAGAAAAUAAAGGAAUAUUAGACAAUUUUGAUAACGUCUCAGUACCCUUUGGAAGUGAGCUUCCAGAUUUAUCUACUUACACUGAUGAUACUCAAAGUAAACAUGACGAAAAUAGUACAUUUUCUGAUCCAAAUUCAUCUUGCAUCACUAUGUCAGAGCAAUCCGAGUUGGAAAAGGAUUUAUUUGUUGAUUCUUCUGUGAUAGCACCUAUUAUCAGUUAUUUAAAAUCAAAAUUACUUGAAAAUAGAGUGAAUAAUUUAAAUAUGAUUAAUGAUCAUUAUUCUGAUCAUACAAUAAACGAUGUCCAACAAGUAAGUAACUAUUUAGUUAAAUGUCUGAAUACAAAUUCUGAAAAACCCGUCAGGCUUAAUAGUACACACAUAAAUCUUCUAAAUAAAUUAUUCAUUGCAGAUCAGUCAGCUUACAGUUGUAUUUUGAAAAAGCAAUUAGACUUAUGCAUAAACUUGAAAGAGACAACUAACUCAGAGUUUGCUUCAGAAAACUUGCCAAUAGUAAAUGAAGAGCUAUAUUUCCUUAUUAGCAAUUUAAAAGACAAUGAAGACAUCAUUACGAAUACAUCAUUUGUUGAAAGCUUGUGUACAGCUGUGACCAAGUAUCGUUUGCCUAUUUUACCAGAAACAUAUCCAUGUUUAUCAGAUAUUAUCAAUAAUCUGAAUCACAUAAAGCCGACUUUUAACAGUUCUUUAUUAUACAAAAGGAAAUUAAGCGAUGAAUUAAAACAAUUACUGGAAGCCCUACAAAUUGAAUUGCAGUCAGAAAAUAUGAUAAAUAAUGGUAGUUUAGCUAAACAUCUGUUUCAUUUUCCAAUAACCAUAAAUCCUGCAUCAACAUUACGGAACGACGAAAUUUUCCCAUCGAGACCAACAAUAUUUAUGCAAACUGUGAUAUCAUUAUAUAUUUUAGAUUUGUUUUGUUCUUUGCCUGAUGAAAUGAAUAAAUUGAUUUAUCUGUUGAGUAUACGUAGAAAUUUUCGGUCAUUAGUUGAUUUUUGUGAAUCACCAUCUAUGCACUGUUCACCAGUCUGUACAAAAUUGAAAUCACUAUUUAAGUUAUGUAUUUUACCGAAUGAAAGUGAACUGAAUGACCUAACUGUUGCCAAUGGUACCAAUAGUGUUAGUGUAACUCAAAUAAUCAACAACAUGUUACCAUCAAUUCAAGUUACUGUGCAGGCAACUAAAAUUAGUAACUCCUAUCAAAAUCAUAUGGAAAAUCUUCUACUACAAAUAAGAAACAAGGUUACCAGUGAAAGGCAUUACUUUGUAAAUGGGGAAAUGGACGAUAUAACGUGCGGGAUUCUUAUAACUUUGACUACCAUAUUCACAAAAGGUUUUAGAAUCAAUAAUCCACAUGAAAUUGCUACAACACUAGGAAAAUUUACCAAGUUUUAUCAUUCUCUUAUCAAUUCCAAAUGUGUAAAAAUGUCAGAAGAUGUCUCCACAUCAAUAUUAUCCUUAAUUUCAGGUGAAUUACACAGCGAGUCACUUUCUAAACGUCAUUAUCGAGUUGACCAGAAAAAUCUGGCAGAUUUGAAUCGUUCUAUUUAUGAAGCUGCAUCUGAUUGCCUUUUUGAGUUGUCAGAGUGCAAAAAGAUGAGAUUUCUUAAUUCACUCGUCCUCCUUGGUAUCUUACUUUCACAAAGACGUUUACAUUACAAUUUAACAGACUUUGCGUCGGCAGAAGCAAAUAUACUAGUCGGUAUACUCUUGCUUUUCCUAUCGAACUUUCAUGUUAACCUUCAAAAUACAUUUGUGAAUGUCACUAAAAAGCUGGCGAAAGCAAUUCACAACAUAAAUUCAUCGCUUUUAUUGUACAAAACUAGUUGCAUUUCAUUAGGGUUUCCACCAAAUUUUACACCAGUACUAGAUGCAUGGUUAGUCAAUCAAAAAUUACAGAUUGACGGAGUAAAAUCACUCGUUCCUUAUACAUCAUCUACUAACCAAUUAAAUCAUCAUUUAGAAACCUGUAAUAUAACAUCAUCUGAAGCGACGGCUGAAAAACCUUUGGAAUACAAACAUAGGAAAGAAGAACUAUUAUUUGAAACUUUCGUCGACCAUAACUUUUAUUUACAUGUCUUAACGUUAGAGGAAAUUCUAAGUCAAUCAACAACAGGUCUACCCUGUACAUUGAAAGUGAAACCACAAAACUGUAAAUUCUUUUUAAGUUGUUUGUCUGGCAUUAUUGCUUCUCCUAUGUUAAUACCCACUGAUAUGGGGAAACUAACACUACAAAUCAUACAAGAAAUUCAUUCUAACAAAAUUUAUAAUGGUUAUGAGAUGAAUGAAGAAACUUCAAAGAAACUUAUUAAUUAUUGUGAACGUUUAGCAAAUACAUUAAAAGAGAAAUGUAUCAAAUCUGAAAGCUGGAAAAUCGUAAAUUCAAGUACAUGCCAAACAGAUGACAACGAUGAAGUUCUUGAUUCCAUACAAUAUACUAUAAAUUCGAAUAUACUUUUUAAUGUAGUUGAAAAUAAAAUGAAACCAACAACGUGGCUUGCUAUGACAUAUAAAAAAGAAAGUUUACAUAGAGUUGCGGAUAAAUGUAUACCUUCAGAGGUUUCCCUUCUUAACGAGAAAGAUUAUUUAGGAAUUCUUCAUAACUCCACAACUAUUAAUAACUUCAGCGAUCAAAUAGUUUUAUUUACACAUAUAAAUAGAUUGAAAGAAAUUCUUGAAAGCACAGAUCACAGUGAAAUUUGUUCAUUGAAUGGGGAAAAUACAGAAAGUUUAUUCUGUAUGCUCGAAUUUAUUAAAACUCAAUCAGAUAUCAUAAAGAUACUAAAAAAAGAUCAGGACUUCCUAAGUUUAAUUAAAUUAAAUGUUAUUCAAAACUGUGUAAAUUCUACUCCAUUUUUUCUCAAUUCAAAAAUUAAAAUUAAACUGCAAAAUAUUCUUCAAAAAGUAUGUUAUGCUCAGUUCAAUAAUAUUGAAAACACGAUAUUAGAUCAUCUCAGGGGCUUAUGUUUGCCGAAUGACGUACCGUUUAGUGUUCAAUCUCUAAAUAAUUUAAUUCUUGGUCAAGUGUCUAUUAUGGCACAUUCAAAACAACUAAAUAUAUCGACUGAUCAUAUUGAUUUGCUGCGUGAUUAUUUUCUUUCUUUUCAACACUCUAGAAAUGUGAAUGGGUUAUGCAAACAAAUUGUACCUUUUACUAAUUUUUUAUCAAAUAUCAUCAAUAUUUCUGAUAUUACUACUCUAGAAAACCAUAAUAAGAAUAUUCUAUAUUUAAAGCUGGAGGAAUAUCAAGAAUUUUAUAAUCGAAUUAGAACAAGUAAAGAUAUCGGUAAUUCGACAUUAGCAUACGAAAUUUUGUUUAAGACUAUUGAACUUGAACAUUUAUCACGAUCAUACUCAUUGAAAAUCCAGUGUAUUCCAGAAUCUUUAAAAUGUUCAUUAAUUAGUUUGUUAAUUUUAGGUGAACAAUUUUUCCCGCUUGCUCUUAAAGUGGAGGAACAGAUUCAUUUAGAUUGUAUAAUAGGUCAGCUUGACGAUAUAAGAAAUGAAUUAGUAGAUACAGGCAAAGUAGUCAGGCCUAUUACAGUGAUCAAAGUUGCUGAACAUCCGGUUAUGUUAGGAAAAGUAGAACCGUUUGAGGGUACAUUAUUAGUUUCCAGCGUAAGCAGCCAACAUCCAUUUUUGAAUACUACUGCUUCAUUAGUUCCCAAAGCUAACAUAUUAGAAACUAUUGAAAAACCAUGCAAUCAUCAAUUUCAUGAAAGACCAUUAAGUACUGAGCUGAAUGUUAAUGAAAAUGAGAAAGAAUGGAAGAUUCCAACUAUUAAGAAGAUGACUGAUAAAUAUGACAGUUCAUUUACAUCUCAAACUUCCGAUAACAUUGAAAAUUCAAAAUCCAAACCUUCUGAAAACAUAAACACAGCCACUUUGGUUCAUGAGAUUUGCUCAAAUGAACAAUUUAUGAAUCAGGUGACCUCUAAUGAAAUCCAAAAACUCAAUGAUAUUGACGUCAAAUUAACAGAGAAUAAUUUUCCAGCAAAAACGAUCAAUACAUCUGAAAUAUUAAGUCAAGAUAACACAAUUAAAAAGGAAAUAUUACAAAAUUCCAAAUUUUAUACUUCAGAAACAGAUAGUGAAACACAAGAUACUUUAGAUGUCGUUAGCAAAAACUCUGAUUACUUGAUUUCUGUUAUCUCAAGUCAACAGAGUGAAGACACAGAUGAACAGGCGACGAUUCACGAGCUUUUUUCAAAAUCGAUAGUAAAAGAACAAGAUAUUGACAUUAAAACAGCCUCAAUACUUAUUUCUACAAUACGAUCGUAUUUGAAACUGAAACCGUUAACUACAAUUCAAAUAACCUCAUUAUUUUCACUAUUGGAAAAUAUUAAUUCACAAUUAGAAAUAUUGGAAAGUGUACAAGAUGUCUUAUCAUUUCCAACAAUUAAACUGUCUUCCAGUGAUCUAAAACCAUUAGCCACAAUUUCUACUAGUAUUAAAUCUCAAAUCUCACAAGAAACUAUGAUAUCAUGUACAGAUUUGCUAAAUUAUAAAAUUAUCUACGAUAUUAUUUCCUACCGUACUUCAAUUUGGAAAACAGAAUCUGCGAUUGCCUAUAGUGCCUUACGAGGUCUGCUACCCUCAACCACCGCUUUCUCUAUAUCUUCCUCCCAUGAUUUACAUUCGUCUUUUAUAAAUUCAGUUUAUGACUCAAACUAUGAUGAAAAAGAGCUACUUAUAUUAGAACAACGUCUAUUGCACCAUUAUUAUUCAUUAGAGGAACAAGAAUCAUUUAUUCUGACUGAUGCUGAAAUCAAGUCAUGUAAACUUCUUCUCCGACAAUAUGAAUCUAAAAUAAAAUCAAGAAUUCUACAAGAAAUUAAAAAGGCAUUACACUUAGUUAAUCAAUCAAAUGAAUACAAUUCUGAACAAGAAGAAUCAUUUUUUAAGAAUGUCUACUACUUAUUUUUGAUAUGUUUACCGAAUUUAGCCAUAGACAAUGCGGAGUUCCUACAAAUGCUGAUUAACUUAUUAGUAAUACAUCGUCUUAUUUAUACCUCAAAAAAUUAUGCACACUGUUUGAAAAUAAUUUUUAAUUCUUAUGAUGUUUUGCACUUUUUUGAGAAACAAAGUUGCUUGAGACAUUUCUUUGAGGUACAGUCUUCCAGUCUUUCAUCAUCAUCUAAACAUUAUACGAUUCUUUUCGCGAAAAUCUUGGAGCGUUUUGUGAACUCUACAAUAUUAAAUCAAAGCUUAUCUUCCAUAGAUAUUUUGCUACUAGUAAGUCUGCUACAAAGAAUCCAAUCAAACAUAAUAAAUGAUGUAGAAUUAUCAUUCCACUUAAAACACUUAAUCACUAGACUGCUAUAUAUUUUUAUUACAAAUCAAAAUAUUUUCAUGGAUAAACUCAGUAAACGUUUACUAAAUGAAUUAUGUGAACGACUAAAAUCAGAGUCAAUAGCUAUGCGAGUACGUAUAUCUACUGAAGGUUCUAAAUCCUUAGACAUAAUUAAAAAAGAUAUUAAGUGUAGUCAGUCAGAACACUAUCAUUCAGUUUUUAGAUCUCUUGAAACAGUUUUAUUUAAUCCAAUAGAAGUACUAACUGAACCACUAAGAGCUAAGCAAAUAGCUUAUAUAAUCAAAAAUUUAAAUAGUUUCGGAUAUUGGUUAUUGGAACAACCAUAUAUUGCUCAAUCUAUUGAACAAAGCCUAAGUACUCUUUGUGACACCAAUUUACAUAAAAAUACAUCAUCUAAUGUAGCGAUUAUUUUUCAAUGUAUACAAGUAAUGAUGAACCACUUCAACAAAAAUGUCAUUGAACCGUCAGUAUCUCAGGUGAUGAAUAAAGAAGAUGCUGCAGCUCUUAGCACAUCACUUUCAUGGUUUUUGAGUGGAAAUUUAGAUUUCUUGAGUGAUAUUGUUGAUAAUUCUUUAGAAGAAAGUGUCUUUAUAAACUCACCUGAAUCUUGGACUAAUUUAAUGCUGCUACAAUUGUGGUACACUUCCAUAGCUUGCACUCAUCCACUCUGUCAUACUUCACAACAAGCUCAUUCAAUAUUUACUUCAGAAUUAAUAAAAUUAACAAGGCUUGAAGUUAAUCGCUUAAUUGGAUUUUGGAAACCUCGUUUAGAUUUAUACUCACAAAAACAAAGAACAAUUAGCAUUCAGAGGCUUUCAGUCAGCACAGAGUGUGACUUAACUGCUGAAAUGACUAAUCAAGAGUUAAGCAACGCGAUUCAGUUAUCAUUGUUAAGUGGACAACUCAAUGGACCACGAAGCGCUUGGAUAUGUGUAAAUGUUUUAGAUGAGUUACAUAAUGAGUGUGAACACGAGUUAAUUAGUAUUUCGAAUUCAGAAAAGGAAUCAUUACGUUACGCUUUAUGUUCAAACACCGUAGUCAAUUCUUGUGAAUCAAUUCUAAAUACCGAUAUCGUUGCAUCAUUAGUUUACCUGAACUCUUUUUUAUCUAAAAUAUCUUCAUUAACAUAUUCAGAACAUCCUGAAUUAGUUCCUAUUCAACCAAAUGAAGCAGCUCCCUUUGCCUCCAGUAUACAAAAUAUCUUAAAAUUUACGCAUCUGGAUAUACACACACCACAUUCUUUUCAUCCUCUCAUGGAAACUGAAUACCACCUGUGGAUUUCAUCAGCAAAUCUGAGAACUUCAUGGAUUUCAAAUUUUGAAUCUCGUUUAAUAGAUGACUUAAAACAGAAGGCGUUACAAAUAAUAUUUCAAAAUAUUCGAAUUGAAUUAAUUAAUUUACUGAAUGAGUUUGAUGAAGAAAAUUUUAUAAAACCAAACUUAACACAAAUACCAAUCCAACCAAUUAACCGAAAAAGUCUUUCUCAAUUACUAAGGGUUUCUUUAUUAUUAAACCGGUAUCCUGUAAGACAUACAAUAACUAUGUUAAAUCAUUUCCAGUAUCUUCAUGACAUAUCAUGCUCAGUACUACCAGUGCAAACAGUUUCUUAUUUAAGAUACUUUGUCAGUUGUAUGUUAACAAAUCAGUAUAAUCAUUCGCAGCAUAGUUACAGUGAAACUUCAGUAGACAUAACAUCUUUAAUAAAUUCAUUUACUAUUGACAGAUUGGAUAGUAUUCUCAUAAACUGUUUUUUCCACGAAGACAUUUUUGAUCCAAAUCUACCCCAAGAUUUUAUACCAAUCAUACAAACAUCAUUAGUAUAUAGUAAUACUUGUGAGGAAUUGAUAAACUUCUUGAAUAUAUUGCCAAGACAUUGUCGUCAAAAUUUAAAUACCUAUUUGUACCAAUUGUUUUGCACAAAUCUUCGCAAAUACACAGAUCGUCUAUUGAAAAUUAUAAUGAAGGGUGAAGAAUACGCAGAGCCUGAUAUUAACGCUAAUAAACUAAUUCCAUUAUGGCUUCAUUUCUUAAAAUAUCUAAUACCGAAAGAUGUUGAAAAUCAAAAUAAACACAGUGAAAUAUUAUCCGCUACAACAAUGUCCGUAGAUGUAAGACCCCUGUCUAGCAUUGGUGUACAAAAUGAAAGAUUGAAGCAACUGCUUGCUGUUGACCUAAAUGAUUUGAGCUCAUCUGAAUUAAUACAGUUGAUCAUCGAUUCAGAUCAGUUUAAUCAUAAUUUGAUUUAUUCAAAGGUGUACCAUGAAGAUUUGGAAUUUAUACCAUAUUUAAAAUAUUAUCUAUGUAAUAGUUUAAUCGGUAAAUUAUGCAGCUAUUCACAUUUAUUCAUCGAAAAGUCCUUCCCUCAGACAAUUUUAAACAUAUCUUAUGGAAAAAUUGCUAUGAAGUUAAAGGAUAAUAUAAAUAAAAUCCCCAGUAAUUUAUCAUUAGACAAUGAUAAUACAAAAGUAUGUUCACUUAAAAUUAAUCCAAUGGAAUCAACCAAUGAAGUAGGUGAAAGGAAAUCUGAUAUAAUUUCUGAUAAUUUGACUAACUUUUCUAGUUGUGAAGAUUUACUAUAUCCAAUGGAAGAUGUAAGACCCGAAAUAAAUCGUCUCAAUCAUUUAUUAGCUAUAAACAGUUUACAACCAAAUGAAAUGUCUGCAAUUCUAUCAUCCAUAGUUAUUCUACGUGACGCAUCAAUGCAUUUACCAUCAAAUUUAAGUGAAUAUACACGCUUUUCAUUGAAAGAAGAAGAUGCUUUAAACAAAUUACAAAUGUUGAUCGACCAAAAGACAAUUGUUAAACUUGAUAAACAAUUAAGACACACUUUAUUAUUACUGAGCCAACGUUUGGGUCUUCUAGCAUUACAGGCGAAUAAAGAUUUAUUGCGUACAGGUUUAGAAAUAUGGUUAAGCGCCUCAUUGGAUAGUGAGCUGAUAUUUACUAAGCAACAGGUUCAACAAAUCUACUAUGCUUUAUACUUAGCAGAGCAAAUAAACAAUCAAGAAUAUAAAUCACAAACGGAUUUUUACGAUACAUUUGAUUUAGUUGAACAAGUUAUUUUACAGUUAAAGCCACUUGUUAAUUCUAAAUUCGGUGCUGAAAUCAAAGGUCCUCAUAGUUUAUGUCCAAUCGUAACCCUAUUCAUAGAGAAUGCACAACAGUUAUUAGAGCAAGUAACAUAUUCCUGCAAAGUUUCCACCAAUGGAAUUUCAAAUCAUUCAUUUGAUAGGCAGAAGACUACAGCUGAAAACUUAUGGAAACUAAUUAGUUGUCAAUCACCGGAAGUUAUAGAAAAUGAGCUGAGCAGUUCCAUUCAUACUCAGUUAAUAAAUAGUUCAGAAGAUAUAACGGACGCUGAAAAAUCAUCUAAACAAAUCAGUAAUAAACCUUGUAAAACACUAAAAAGACGUCCUGAAAUUGAUGAAUGCAAUAUACUUCAAACCAGACAAUCUUAUGAUCGUAGUCUGAGUUAUGGAGAAAAUGACCAUUUUCAGUUGAACAGCCAACUUUCUUGCGACAGUUCACUGUCAUUACUUGCUUUAUAUAAUGAAGAAAAAAGACGUUUGUCGAGUUGGGAAGAAAUGACUGAGACACGUCUGCGCAAAGCAUGUGAAAGGGUAGAAAAUUUAUUGGGAGCAAUUCCUAAACAUGUUUAUCUACAGAACAAUUCUGGUCAUACAGUCACACAACUUAGAGAAGAGGUAGUACUGUUGAAAAGCCAAUUACACACUAUGAUAAAACAAAAGUUUUUGAAAAAAGAUAAUCUUAUUUAUUCAAGCGAUGAAAGUUCAGUGUUAUAUAAAAAAGACCAGCGGAACUACUUAUUCGAUGGUUCACUAUAUACUCAAGAAAAUCAAUCCAGUUACCAAGGAAAACUCCAUUUUGACUAUAUUCAAUUGUCAGAACGUGAUACUCGCAGACCAAAAACAUCAGUAAAUGGUAGACUGUCAUCUAGUACAUGUUCACUGAAGACUUUUCCAUCUUUAAGCCAACGCAUAAAUCAAAAUUAUUUGGUUUCAUGUAAACCCGUAACGCCGAAUCAUGUUUUCUCUUCACCAUCAAAUGUCGAUAAAAGGAUUUUACAGAAUUCAUUUGACCGAUUAAAUGAGCUAAUUGAAAUUCGUCGAGCUAUUGUCUCUGGAUCCAGAGAAGAACUACGUAGAUUAGGAAUACAUUCUAGUUUAUCAAUACCUUAUUACAAGCCCUUUACACUAAUUCGUCCACGUGACAACAAAUCAUUUGGUUUGCUUGGCAGUGACAGUCACGAAGAUUGGUUAUCAAGUAAUCAGCGAAAUACUGACAGGAAACGUAAUUAUACUACCCAUCUUUGUAGAUCCAAGGAUGAGUAUUCGAGAAGUAACCAAGCCAUAGAGGACUUGGAAAAUAAAUUAGGACAACUUGAAGAACAAAUACUACCUCACAGAUUUAACGGUUCGGUUGUACAGUAGUUUAACAAAACAAAUAAUUUUAUUCGACUGUUAUAUCUACGUUUAAUACAACUAAACACUUUAAUUUGUAUAUAAAACUAGUAAAUAACUACGAAUUCAAGCACUGAAUUCAUGGAAUAAUUGGGACGUUUUUGUUUUGCAAGUUACUUUAAUUUGACUUUUUUUAUUCGACAUACAACUAAUCAUAUCGGUAAUGAUUUUUAUGUAUAAUUAAUACCAGUCCGACUGCUCAUUUAGUAAAAAAAAAACAAAGACAAGAUGCUCAUCAGUUCAUUGUUUUUCAAUACAAACAUUUUAACUAUUGAAUAUACAUUUCUGUAACUUUUACAGUGAAAACAAUUUAAUCGAUAGCAUGUAAACGUUAGCUCUGUUUAUUCAAUUUGUCACCAAUAAUAAUUUCAUGGGUACCAUUACACCAUAUCAGUAUUUUUUCUAAAGAAGUUAACUUAUUUUUGGAACCAUUUUGUACAUAAUAUUAGUAAUUAUUACUAAUAAUAAAUCAAAAGACCCAUAUAUUUCA